AUGUCUGUGGAUGACGCGCUACCAGGCCAGAUUGUAGACGAAACCAUCAUGCAAAACGAAACGCUCGCAAAUGUCACGCUCGACAAGCUCGACGACAGUGUAAAGAACUGGUUAAACGAUCAGAACACCCAGACCCUGAACGGAGCCUUGGCCUUCGUGCCCUUUAUCCUGCAGCAGGCUUUCUUUGAAGGGAACCUGGACGAAAAGCAGAUCGUUAUUCACAAAGGAUCGGGAGGUGUUGUCUUUUCAGAUGCCAGUGGUUUCACUGCCCUCACUGAAAAGUUAGCCAAGAAGAGCAACGGAGCUGAGCUCCUCUCUCAGUGCCUGACGGCCUUCUUCACACCGCUGAUAGAUCUUAUCAAUGCCUAUCGCGGAGACACCAUCAAGUUCAGUGGAGAUGCACUGACCAUCUACUUCCCGUCCGUGGAUGACACCAAGACUUCCAGCUUCAACGGUAUUGUGCCGCCGCACGGAAGCUUUGGUCUAGCGGACCUUGGUCCCAUGGCGACGGCAGUGCUGCGGGCGUCGGCCUGCUGCAUCGAGAUCCACAAGCGGCUGCAUAUGUUUGAGACAGGCGUUGAUGAUGUGCGGCUCUGCUUGCACAUCGGUGUGGGAUGCGGUGAAAUCAGCAUCCUCCAGGUUGGCGGCAUUGUGCCCCCAGAGACUCACAUCCCAAGGAUAGAGUAUCUGAUUUCUGGGGCACCGCUGGAGCAGAUUUCCAUCGCGGAGCCUCUGGCAAAGAACGGCGAGACAUGCUUGAGCCCACAGGCUUGGGAGCUGGUCAAGGACUGUGUCAUCGAGGGCCGACCGCUGGAGGACCGCAUGGACUUCCAUCUGCUCCUGAGAAUGGAUGAGUCCAAGUACACCUUCCCGACCAUCAAGUAUGCCACGCAGCUGUACGAUACACGCAUGGAGAACUGCUUCAAGCUUGACCAGCUCAACAUCACAAGGCGGUACAUCCCAUCAGCCGUCUUCAAACAGAUCGAAUGCGGUACGCUCCAGUACGUCAACGAGAUGAGAAAUAUCUCCGUCAUCUUCAUCAAUGGCUCUGGCUUGGACGUGAUGUCCAGCAGCGGCCCAGCACAGGCCCAGGAGCUUAUGUCAUCGGUGCAGAAAGUCUGCUAUGCGCACGAGGGAACCCUGAACAAGUUCCUGAUUGAUGACAAGGGCAUGCUCUUCCUCCUGGUUUUUGGCCUUCCCCCUCUUGUCCACCCUGACGAUCCGGCGCGAGCUGUACUCGCCAGCAUGGAGCUUGUACAGGUCUUCAAGAGAAUGGACCUUAUCGGGCGAUUUGGAGUGACAACUGGCCGAAGUUACUGUGGAGUUUGUGGAAGCGCGAAGCGGAUGGAGUACACGGUGCUUGGCGACUGCGUGAAUCUGUCAGCGCGGUUGAUGGCCAACGCCCCGCCACUGGGAGUUCUGACCGAUGAGGAGACGAGCAGACACUCUACAGGUGAGAUAGUUUUCAAGCCCCUGGCGCCCAUCAAGGUAAAAGGCAAGACCAAUCCUAUCUCGAUCUUUCAGCCGACGCCGCGUGAGGCGUCGGUGGCGGUUGGUAUCACUGGAGAUCGGAAGAUUCGGUUCCCAUGGUAUGACAACCUCCUGGACGGAUCCACGCUGAACUCCAAGGACGCUAUGGCCACGGCCAAAGCCAAGGUGCAGAGUCUUUGCUCCAUACAGAAGUGGCCGCCGAACAUGAAAGUAGCGGAGAUGCUGGGCAGCCCUUUCAGCAAGGCCUUGCAUGCGCCGGAUCAAGUUGUUGGGGCCUCCACACCGACUCCUCGCAUGAAGGCUCCGGCGAACAGCCCCUUCGCUGAGGGAGGCUUGGUGGUCAUUGAAGGACCUACGGGCCUGGGGAAGAUUGAGUUGGCGGAGCACAUCGCAACCCACUGCGCCCUGCAGUUUCAGACAAUGCCCGUCUUCGGCACGAUGGGCCCGAGGCCUGGUGAGCCUACCCGCAUGGCUAUAGAGCUGCUGCGGAGUACGGUCGCGGUCUAUCGCACACAGAAUCCAGCCACGCCGGCAGACGACGUGCAGGCCCUAGAGAAAUUGCUCCCUGCACAGCAUGCUGGGAGCCUAGACUCGCUCCGGAGCCUCCUCACCCAUCGGACGCUGGAAGACACGGCGGCCGUGCUGGAGGUGGCUCUGAAGGUGAUCAUCUCCCUGCUUGCCGGACUCAAGAACAAAGCAGGAACUCUGGUAGUUCUGCAGUUCGAGCAGGGGACGAGUCUAUUUGAGAAGACUGCCAAAGAUGAUUUAGCCAUCUUUUGGAGAUUUACGUCCGAGCUCAGCAUCCUCAUCGCCAAGGAGAGGUCCAUUUCGGGCCUGGUACUGGUGCGAGAGGCGCAACACGACCAGCAGUGUGUCAAAGAUGCCGCUGCGGCCGGCACGUUGCUGACCCUCAAGGGCCUCAACGAAGAGCACAUCCUGGAGUACAUGGCCAACUACUUAGGGAUCCCAGAGGAAGCCGUGCCGCCUCCCCUGAGACGUUUUGUCUCACAGGUGACCAUGGGCAAUCCGCUGUAUAUCCGCGAAACCUUGGACCAGCUCGGCGAGGAGAACGUCCUCAAGGUAAAGCCCGGAGCCUCGGCGACUCUGAUUGGAGCGCUCGAAAAGAUAGACAUUUCCGCCUGGAACCACACAGCGAUGGUGGGAGGGACAGUCUGUAACAUCGAGUCGCUGGAUCCGAUCGAGAUGGCGGCGCUGAAGAUGUCAACCUGCUUCGAAGGGCCGUUUACCCUUCCCGAUUUGGCUGCGAGCAACUGCUCACAGUGGGGCGGUUCAACGCACUUCGACCUGUUGCGCCUCUUCAGAGCCACCAGGAAGCUGGUUUCCAGAGGUUUCAUAGACAAGGUGCCUCCGCCCACCAGCACCCAGAGCCCUCGAAGCUCUGGUAGUGACAACAACUUCGGAGACACCGAGUAUUUCUUUAUGCAGAGUGCUCUGAUCCGCACGGUUGGCGCCUCCAUGGUUCUUGAGGCGCAAAGAAAGUCUGUCAAGCGAAAUGCUUUGAUCGACAGAGUCCUAAAGCAGGAUCUGCCGGAGCGAAUGACAGAGCUGGCGGCAAAGAAGUCGGUGCAGCACAUUCCCUGGUACUACGAGCGAGCACUGAGACGGAUGUUGCCUUAG